AUGGCGGCGGUCCAACAAGAGAUGGAGGCAGAUGCUAUGAAGUUGUUCAUCAAUGGAAUCUCAUGGGACACCAAUGAGGACCACCUUCUGAAGUACUUCAGGAAGUAUGGGGAGGUGGAGGAGGCUAUCAUCAUGCGUGAUCAGGCUACUGGUCGUAGCUGGGGCUUCGGGUUCAUCGUGUUUGCUGACCCUGCUAUAGCCAAGCAUGUCAUCAUGGAGAAGCAUAUGAUUGAUGGUCGGAUGGUAGAGGCAAAGAAAGCUAUUCCUAGAGAUGAUCUGCAUGCUCUCAACAAUAGUCAUGAAGAUGCCAUGGAUAGGGCAUUAUUUAAGACAUUCCAUAAAUUGAAAGGUAAGAGGGUUGAGGUCAAGCGAGCUAUUCCUAAGGAACCGUCUCCUAGACCUGGCAUGUGCUCUCCUAUCAAUGGGUUCAAUUAUGUAACUGGUAGAACCAAUAGCUUCCUUAAUGGAUAUACCCAGCAUUAUAAUAUGAGUCCAUUAGGUGGCUAUGGAAUGAGGAUGGAUGAAUGUUUUGGUCUUCUAUCAGAUGGGAACAAUGGUUAUCCAUCUUUUGGUGGUAGUUAUGGAAUUGGAAUGAAUUUUGAUGCAUGGAUGAACCCAUGUAUUGAAAGUGGCUCUAGCUUCAAUAGUGAUAUCCAGCGUGGAUGGCAUCUUAAUCCAUAUUACAAUGGAAAUUCAGGUGGAUUCAACAACUAUGUUAGCUAUGGUGGAGUCAAUGAAAAUAAUGGUUUACUAUUUGACUCACUAGUUCGUAACCUUUGGGGUAUUUUUAGCCUUAAUCACUCUUCUAGUUCCACAAGCUCUAAUUUCUUUGUGCCAUUUGGAAAUGGGGACCUGCUUAGUGGAAUUGGGAACAAUAAUGUGAAUUGGGGAAACCCUCAUCAUGUGCCUGCUCUAGGUGCCAAUAAUUGCUUUGUUUGCUGUACUAGAAACUUUGGUUAUGGGUCUAGUGAAACCAACUUUGAUCAAGGUUCCAGUGUUUAUGGAAGGAAUGUUGGAUCAAGUGGUGUCAGUAACUUAAACCAAUCAACCAAUGGGUAUGCAAGGAACUUUGGAGAUUCAUCAAUAGGUGGUGGCUCCAUCUAUGGAGACACAACUUCGACAUCUGGAUCUUUUGAGCAUGAUGUUACAAAAAUGGUUAGAUAG